GGUCCUUCUGCCUGCUUUGCUCCCCGCUCUGGCUCUGGUGAAUUCUCUCACCCUCCCGUGCUUCUGACUGUACCCAGUGCUUGUAUAAAUAAAUAAAUAAAUAAAUCUUUAAAAAAAAAACCCGCACCGCAGAGGCUGGAGACAGCCCCACAGCACAGCGCCCAACCCGCUGCGCCACCGUGGAGGCCCGAACCCUCAAUUCUUUAGGAAUGUUUCCAUUAUCCUGGUUUUUGUGGAACCGAGCAUAAGUAUUCUUAGCCAUUGCUUUGUCAUUUUGUGUGUAACUGCCAUUUUAGAAUUUCAGGUCUUGCAGGUCUUGCUGUCCCGGGAAAAGACUGCAUUCCAGAGAUAGUUUGGACCCUCACUCCACCCUUACUCUCUGGUCACCAAUGAGGAUGAACUUGCUGUAAUUGGAGCUGCAGGUUGGAGCUGCAUCUUGGCCUGGCCAGUCAGCUUAGAAUGAUAGCCUGGCAAAGUUGGAGAACGCAUCCUUGUAGCCAAUGAGUAACUGCCAGCAUAAUUUAACCUUAUUAAAAGACCCCUGCUUCCUUUGUUCGGGGCUCUCGGUAUCUGCCACUGCGUUGGUAGGUGCCUUGAACCCGGACUCGAGUCUGAAAUAAACUCCCUUUUGUGUUUGCAUCAGCUGUCUUUGGGUUCUUGGAGGCUAUGCUCGCCGAGUCGGCUGACCUUGGGCACAACAGUUUUCAGUAAACAAAGACUUGUGUAUAUAUUGCUUUUAGGUCCUGCAGUCAUUAUCACUGAACAAAAUAGAUAAAUUCCAUCUAGAUGAAACUUACACUUUAGCCCUCACCGCUAAAUGCAGUGGCCACUAGUCAUGUGUAGCUCAUAACAUUUAAAUAAAUUAGAAAUACACAAAAAAAUUAGCUCUUUGGUUGCACUAGCUGCAUUUCAGAUGCUCCUGAAGAGGGUUCCUAGACCCAGUGCAAUGUGGGUGUGUGGGUGCCCUAGAAUUCAAAUUGACUCAGACACUGUCUACCAGAAGAGAGCUUCUGAUCCCAUGAUUAAAAGGCUCCAUCUCCCAAGACCACCCUCCGCUUCAGAGGCCAGCGGCAAGCCCAGGCUCUCACCUGUGUUUCCAGUGACAGGGUACAGAUCCUCCUUAGACUUCAGGUGCCAGUUUGCAGCAUUUAGACCAACUAGCUCUAAAGAAGAGGGUUCCCAAAACCCCCUUCUCAGGUUUGACUAAGUCGCUAGAGCGACUGAAGAGAACUCAGGAACAGCCUGCUGAAAGAGGGGCGUAGGGCGGGGCGAGGUAUGGAGAAAGACGAGCAGCACCUUGCCCUCUGUAGGUGGAUCACUCAGCCAGCACUUCCUCCGUUUACCCGCCCGGAAGCUCUCUGCAGCUCUCUUCUAGGGUUUUUAUCAAGGCUUCAUCAGUGUCUUGAUGGAAGAACUCCUUAGCUAUUGGUACAGCUAACAGGAGAAGAAAAGACGAGGGGAAGGGAGGGGUCUGACGCCAUCAUCGCCAUCAUGCAGCGAAGUAUCAUGUCAUUUUUCCAACCCAAGAAAGAGGGCAAAGCGAUGAAGCCAGAGAAGGAGACAUCCAACAGUACCAGAGAGCCAGAGCCCCCUCCAAAAGUGGCACUGAAGGAGCGGAAUGGAGUGGUACCUGAGAAUGACUCACCAGUCAAGAGGCCAAGGAGGAAGUUAGCUCGGGUCCUGGGCAGCGAAGGAGAAGACGAGGAGGAAGCCCGCACGCCCCCCAAAGUCCUGAAACUUGCCCCCGACUCCCCGCCAGUGUCCCCUCCCAGUCCUGUCACCUUUCCUGAUAGCAACUCUUCCCCCUCGGAUACCUCUGCUAUGGGCAUCUCCCCAUCUGGGAUCCCUAAGCGUCGCACAGCCCGGAAACAACUUCCUAAACGGUCAAUUCAAGAUGUCCUAGAAGAUCAGAGCCAGGACAAGGAGAGAGAUGCCAAGAAGAGAAAGGAGGAGGAGAAAGAAACAGACCCCCCAACAGAAAGCCUCCAGCAUCCUGAAGUGACAAGAAAGAAGGGAGCAGAAGAGGAGCACCAGCCCACACCACCCCCUGAGCCCUCAAAGGCCGCCAAAACAGAGCCUCUGGCAGAAAGCAUCUCAGAGCCUGAGGUGGCGAUGAAGCAAGAACCAAGGGAGGAAGCCCAGGCGCCCCCUGCCUCGAGAGCUCCCAAGACUCUCAGCAGCUUCUUCACCCCCCGGAAGCCAGCAGUGAAAAAAGAAGCAAAAGAAGAGGGAUCUGGUACGCCAAGAAAGGAGGAAGCCAAGGGACCCUUGGACCCAGCCAGCUACAAUCCUGCUAAGAACAACUACCACCCUGUGGAGGAUGCCUGCUGGCUGCCAGGCCGGAAGGUACCUUACCUGGCCGUGGCCCGGACAUUUGAGAAGAUCGAGGAGGUUUCUGCUCGGCUGCGGAUGGUGGAGACACUGAGCAACUUGCUACGCUCGGUGGUGGCCCUCUCCCCUCCGGAUCUCCUCCCCAUCCUCUAUCUCAGCCUCAAUCGCCUGGGGCCACCCCAGGAGGGCCUGGAACUUGGUGUGGGGGACGGCGUCCUUCUCAAGGCAGUGGCCCAGGCCACAGGUCGGCAACUUGACUCAGUCCGGGCAGAGGCUGCAGAGAAGGGUGACGUAGGGCUGGUGGCCGAGAACAGCCGCAGUACUCAGAGACUCAUGCUGCCCCCGCCCCCACUCAGUGCCGCUGGGGUCUUCACUAAGUUCCAGGACAUCGCCCGGCUCUCUGGCCAUGCUUCUACAACCAAGAAGAUGGACGUCAUCAAAGGCCUCUUUGUUGCCUGCCGCCACUCCGAAGCCCGCUACAUUGCCAGAGCCCUGAGUGGACGGCUGCGCCUUGGGCUGGCAGAACAAUCCGUGCUGGCCGCCCUGGCCCAGGCUGUGAGCCUCACGCCCCCAGGCCAAGAAUUCCCACCAGCCGUGGUGGAUGCUGGGAAGGGCAAGACUGCAGAGACCAGAAAGACGUGGCUGGAGGAACAGGGCAUGAUUCUGAAGCAGACAUUCUGCGAGGUACCUGACCUGGACCGGAUUGUCCCGGUUCUGCUGGAGCAUGGCCUGGACCACCUCCCAGAGCACUGCAGGCUGAGCCCAGGGAUCCCCCUGAAACCAAUGUUGGCUCACCCUACCCGGGGUGUCAGUGAGGUGCUGAAACGCUUUGAGGAAGCAGCUUUCACCUGCGAGUACAAAUAUGACGGGCAGAGGGCACAGAUCCAUGUUCUGGAAGGCGGGGAGGUGAAGAUCUUCAGCAGGAACCAGGAAGACAAUACUGGGAAGUACCCUGACAUCAUCAGCCGCAUCCCCAAGAUUAAACUCCCGUCAGUCACAUCCUUCAUCCUGGAUGCUGAGGCUGUGGCUUGGGACCGGGAAAAGAAGCAGAUCCAGCCAUUCCAAGUGCUUACCACCCGCAAACGCAAGGAGGUGGACGCUGCAGAGAUCCAGGUGCAAGUGUGUCUGUACGCCUUUGACCUCAUCUACCUCAAUGGAGAGAGCCUGGUCCGAGAGCCCUUUUCCCGACGCCGCCAGCUGCUUCGGGACAACUUUGUGGAGACAGAGGGUGAGUUUGUCUUCGCCACCUCCCUGGACACUAAGGACACGGACCAGAUCGCUGAGUUUCUGGAGCAGUCAGUGAAAGACUCCUGCGAGGGGCUGAUGGUAAAAACCCUGGAUGUCGAUGCCACCUAUGAGAUUGCCAAGAGGUCGCACAACUGGCUCAAGCUGAAGAAGGACUACCUCGAAGGUGUGGGUGACACCCUGGACCUCGUGGUGAUCGGCGCAUACCUGGGCCGGGGGAAGCGGGCUGGCCGCUAUGGGGGUUUCCUGCUGGCCUCCUAUGAUGAGGAGAGUGAGGAGCUUCAGGCCAUAUGCAAGCUUGGCACUGGCUUCAGUGACGAGCAGCUGGAAGAACAUCACCAGAGCCUGCAGGCCCUGGUGCUGUCUGGGCCCCGCUCCUAUGUACGGGCCGAUGGCGCCGUGGCCCCGGACCAUUGGCUGGAGCCCAGUGCCGUGUGGGAGGUGAAGUGUGCCGACCUCUCCCUGUCCCCCAUCUACCCAGCUGCCCGCGGCCUGGUGGAUAGUGAGAAGGGGAUCUCCCUUCGCUUCCCUCGAUUUAUUCGUGUCCGUGAAGACAAGAAGCCAGAGGAGGCCACUUCCAGUGCCCAGGUGGCCUGUCUGUACAGGAAGCAGAGUCAGAUUCAGAACCAGCAAGGCGAGGACCUUGACUCCGAAGGGGAGGAUUUCUACUGACCCUGCCCCCUGCCAGGAGAGCACAGCAGAAGAGCCUGGGGGUCUUCUCUCUGGUGCUCAGCAAAUCGCUGUCCAGUCCACUGGGUUUGGGAAGUCAGGUGUGUGUGUGUGUGUGUGUUUGUGUGUCUGUAAGGGGGUGGAAUUCUGCUGCUUGGUUAUUUUCAAUAAAUAAUUAUUGAGUACCUA